AUGUCGAGCCCUAUAACUUCACUCAUCAUUCUCAUCCUGUCAAGUAUCAUCACACCGGCUCUUACUCACGACAACUGCCAUGACGCUGCCACGAUGAGCGAUGGCAGCUCACAUACAGAGGCGUUACCUCCAAGUUAUUUCAACCUGGCAGACCACGCUGCGGCCAUGUAUGCGCAUAUCACGCUCAUGGUCAUAGCAUGGGUGCUUGUGCUUCCUCUUGCUGUAAUGCUAUCUCUGGUCCGUUCGAGAUAUACGCUUGCAUUGCAAUCCGUAUUCCUGGCCUUCAACGCGCUGGGCAUUCUUGUUGGCGCCGUCUACAAUGCUGUGACGCCGGACUUGUACCCCAACAACGCCCAUCACAAGGCUGGCUGGGUUUUCACCUGGAUUGCUCUGGCGCAGGUUUGUAUCGGGCUUUUCGGCCGCACAACGCAGCAGUUCAGGGUUCGCCUACUCGCUCGCGAAGCAAGAUCCGAUAAAGCACACCAGGCCGUGACUUCUGCGUUUUUUGAGCCCGUGGGGGACAACUGCCAGCAUGAUGGGCCCCAAUGUUCACGAGGUUGCCGUCUAUCACACGACAGGGACCAAGGCACGGAGCCCAAUACUGGCUCACUGAAUGGCGGAUCUGACGCUGGUAUGUUGGCUCAGGUAUCACUGCCUUUGGCAAACCAAGGAUGUGAGGACGAAAGUCAAGAGGACCUUGACUCUGCAGAUCAACACCCGGUGCGAUUCUCAUGGAACGCAAGUCGGAACUCCCCACGCUGGUUUCGGUUAAUAUUGAAUUCGCUGUUAUCACAGGCCUGGAAAUCCUGUUUGGUAAUCUAUGAUGUUCUGGAUAGAAUCAUCUUAAUCCUGGGGUUCAUCGGAUUGACUUCGGGUGCAGCGGUCCACGGGCGUCUAUUUGAAGGUCGAGCAAUAUAUGGUGGCAUGGCUCACUGGGUCAAGGGCGGUAUAUUCUUCUGGUUCGGGAUCUUCACCUUGGGACGUUGGUCCGGCAGUUUUGGCAAGCUCGGCUGGGCAUGGAAUGCCCGCACUAGAGAAACACAGGACAAGUGGUAUCCCUCUGCUGAACUCGUGGAGAGCGCCCUGAUAUUCUCCUAUGGAGCGACAAAUAUCUUUCUAGAGCACCUUAGCAGCACGGACAAGACUUGGACACCGCGAGACCUAGAGCAUGUGUCCAUCACGAUUCUGUUCAUUGGUGGAGGCCUUCUCGGUAUGCUUGUCGAAUCGACUCGUUUAAGAGAUCUCUUGAAUACAACAGGAACGGGGGUUGCUUUUCCUGCCCACGAGACAACACGGAUGGACGGAGAACGAACAGAGAAAGAGAAGGCUGCCGAGCCGCCGAAGCAUUAUGGCUUUUCGAUUAAUCCCGUCCCUGCCCUUGUCAUUCUGUUACUGGGCACGACGAUGAGCUCGCAUCACCAGAGCACCAUGGACUCAACCAUGAUGCAUAAACAAUGGGGCAAUCUUCUUGCCGGGGCCUCCUUAGCCCGUGGCUUUACUUACGUCUUGGUGUAUCUCAAACCGCCGCGAUCGAUCCUGCCAUCGAGGCCACCGACGGAGCUUGUUACUUCAUUCUGUCUCAUUACCGGAGGUAUCAUCUUCAUGGCGAGCAGCACUGACACUGUCAAGGGGCUGCGUCACUAUAAUUUGGAUGCCAUGUUUGCAUAUACUGUCGUAACCGGCAUUGUUGGCUUUUUGAUGGCGUGGGUUAUCAUCGUGCUUGCUGUAAAGGGCGCUGCUGUCCGCCAGCAGAGGAGAGCCCAAAGCUCUGCAUGGACGUCUAACGAGCGACAGUAUAUAUGAAAGACACCUUGGGAAAUGCUGCGGAGGUCUCGGUCUUUUCUCAGAUGGACCGUGAUUCCUUCCAAUUGAUUUGGUUGGUUGUUGCGUAGCUAAUUCACACCCUCUUCUUUACUAUGACAAUCGAACAGAGUGUUGUUUUCAUGAGCUGGUUGGCGGCUAUGGCCUCGAAGCCAGCCAGACUUGGCGCAUCUGACAUCGCAAUCGGAGGCUUCGUUCCAUCGCCGAAAAAGAAGACAUGCGAAGAAGGGAGGGUCGCCCAAGCGACCCUAAUGUGCCCUUCGGUUUGUCCUUUAGGAUGGUUUCAACGACGCAUGAUUUUUGGAGAGUUGCUGCCGGCACAUCGCGGUGAUGCCAUUGAAGAGUGAGAUCCCGAUGAAGGCACCGCAGCCGUAUUGUGGUUGUGCCCAACUACGACAAAGCUGGCAGCAGCCCGGAAUCGGCCAUCAUUCAAAGUGAGAACACAAAAUUUCGCGUCCAAGACGUUGGGAGCCAAGAUCAGAAGCCGAGAUCAGACGCAUUUGUAUCCGUAGAGGCCUCAUGACCGACCAUCGCUCUUCUUGCCUUUUCGCUUCUUACCGCCGCUUUCAGGAACAGUCUCUUUGUCGUCUGCCCUAAUCUCCUCCUCGGCCUCCGUGGAUCUUACGACCCGCGUCUUGUCAACAUCGGAAUAGAGAGCCACACCCUGCUGCAGCGCAUGAACGAGAAACUGAACUGAGUCUGACUUGAAGUCGUCGGCCUUCCGGGCCUUGUCGAGGUCCUGGGCGAACUCCUGCGUUGUGCGCUGCAGGUAGAAGGUGUCGAACUCUGCGUCUGCUGCGGAGGCCAUGGCAGCUGAGUGGUAAAGGAGAAGGCUAAUUGAUCAAAUGUGAGGAAUUCGGAGGAUGUACGUUCCAGGGACUAAGACAUGUGUAAAGAGCGUGCUUAGC